CGUAGAAGGAUGAACUCCACCGCCGGUCGGGAUCUCGUAGUGUCCGCUGGAGCUGUCAGCAGUAACCCCGGAGCAGCAUCAUCCAGAGUCCUGCAUGUGGAGCUCACAUCACAACAGAGGCGUUUACGUCACUUGCGGAGCAUAGCAGCCCGUAACAUUGUGAACAAGAAUGGCUCUCCUCUUCUUGACACUUACUUCACCCUUCACCUCUGCCAGGAAGAUCGGAUAUCACGAGAUUUUUAUAAGAGUGAAGUCAUCCGAGACUCAUUGAACCCAACAUGGCGGAGCUUAGAUUUCGCAAUGCUUCCGGAUCUCUUGGACAUGUCUGUGUCGUGUUUUGUGGUGAGAAUAUGGGGUGGGAGGGAAGAACAGUACCAACUGCUUAUUGAGUGGAAGGUCAACCUUGAUGGGCUCAGAUAUACAGGACAACAGAUUCGCUCCAGAAAUCCAAAUGAGAUCAUCUUUGGACUGAACGAUGGCUACUAUGCAGCUGAGUUUGAUCAGAAGGAAAGUUCUGACAGGAAGAAGAACAGUUUGCUUCAGGUGGACCAGAGCUCUGUCAGAAACUCCUACAGUGUUUUCUCUUUACUGAGGCUGCACACGGCCCAGAGAGCCAUUAAGCAGACUCAGGUGACUGUUCAGAAGAUCGGGAAGGAAAUUGAAGAGAAACUGAGGACAACAGCGUCCUGCACAGAAAAGAAGAAAGAGAGGGAGUGUAUGCACCUACGUAUCGGGAUUCUGAGGUGCGAGUUGGAGAGACAGAGGAAAGCGCUGGCGAGAGAACUGGACAUGAUGCAGAAAGAGAGAGCGCAGCUUGUAAAGAAAGAGGAGGCGUCGUCUACCAAGCAUCAGGGUCUGGAGUCUGAGCGCAAGUCUUUGACGGAGUUACAGAAGGAAUGCACUGCCAAAAGAGAGCUGUUUCUAAAAUCCAAUGCCCAGCUCACCUUCCGCUGUCGUCAGCUUAUAUCAGAGCUGUCCUACAUUUAUCCCAUUGAUGUGAACAAUCAGAAUGAUUAUGUGAUUUGUGGUGUCAAACUGCCCAAUUCGGAAGACUUUCAAGCAAAGGAUGAUGGGAGUGUUGCGGUGGCUCUGGGUUACACGGCACACCUGGUGCUGAUGAUAUCGAACUUCCUGCAGAUUCCACUCAGGUAUCCAGUCAUCAACAAGGGUUCCCGCUCCUCCAUCAAGGACACCAUCACUGACAAACUCACAGAGAAGGAGAGAGAGUUCCCUCUUUUCCCCAGAGGAGAGCGUUUCCAGUUUGAAUACGGUGUCUAUUUGCUCAACAAAAACAUCGCCCAGUUGAGGUACCAGCAUGGGCUCUCUACCCCAGAUCUACGUCAGACUUUACCCAAUCUGAAGAACUUCCUAGAGCAUGGACUACUUGUACGAUGUGACAGGCACCAUGUCUCCAUGUCCAUCCCCGUCCCACUGAAGUCUCAUUUCAGCGUUUCCACCGCAUCCGAAGUGGGGUUUCCGAACCUUUCCAGCUCCCCUGAACGGGACGUCCAGAAGUGGGCCAGCUCAGAUGCGGAUAAACAGAAAUGCCAAACCCCUCCACCUAGUUACAACACAGCCAUGACUGAGCCUGAUCCCAUGACCACUCCGGAAGUCCCAUCAGUGCCAUCCACAGAGAUUGCGAGCAUUGAAGAAGGUAAGACUGUGGAUACACAUGGGGAUGGAGAGACUGUGUCCGAGGCACAUACGGAAAAGCCUCUGGAAAUACCUACGGACAUAGCCAGUACAUUACCGUCUGACUCUGUCCCUCAGCACUCAGGAGCCAUGAACGGCUCGGUCGUGCCCAGCGAGGGUAUAGGUUUGGGUGUUGCGGGCGCAGCCGAACUGUGCUGCUCCGUGGAGCAGGCGGAGGAAAUUAUGGGCACUGAAGCCACAGGGCUGGGAUUGGGACUAGGAUUUGGGUUGGGAUUGGGAGGUGGCGCCAGACUGGAUGAUUUCCCGUGUAUCCCCGUGGAGCACGCGGUUGCGGUUGAGUGUGACGAACAGGUUUUGGGAGAGUUCGACGCUGCUGGGAUCGAGGAGGUCUCGCGGCGCAUCUAUGCACUAGAAAACAUGUCUAGUUUCCGACGGCCCCGGAAGAACUCAGAAAAAUGACUGGGAUAUGGGACAUGGGCCUGGAGAAACGGGUCGGAGGGUGACUGGUGUCCAAGUUGGUCAGUGACGGUUGAGCCUGUGUAAUAUUUCAUCCUGACUGCAACAAGUAUAGACAUUACAUAAAGAAAUAUAUUAUUAUUAAUAUUGUUAUAAUAAUUAUUAAUAUCAUUAGGAAAAAUCUGGAAUAUUGACCAAUUUGCACUUCUCGAAGCAUUUCUAUAAUCCCUUAAAGUGAAAUAAAGAGAAUGUUUGGUUGAAAUGCUUGCUGGAUGUCUUUCUGGGGUGUAUGGCUGUGCAGUCUUAAUUAAUUCUACCCCCAAAAAAUGACAAUUCUGUCAUUAUUUACUCACUUUCAUGUCUUUCCAAACC